AUGCCUCAUAGUACCAUCCAGAGCCCUGUCCACAACUCUCCGAAGUCACCCAUACCGGCCCCGACGUACACGCCAAGCUAUCCGCGCGUCUCUAGCUUCCGCUCACCACAACUCGAGGUCCUGUUGUAUUCUCCGCAUGUUGCCACCGAGCAUUCGUCUUGGCCUAUGAACCGGACCGUGCCGAUAUACGCCGACCACGACAGUGUCAGUGGGAAGAUCAUUAUGGACCCAAGUUGUCGCUCCGGGAGAAUUUCUCUUGUGUUAACUGGGACAUUCUCCGUUAGACGAGUGGCUCAGAAAACCAUCAACGACGUGAAACCUGAACCCCAGCGAUACAUUUUCUUUUACGCCUCACGCACGAUAGAGGUGACAUCCGACUCUGCCCCCAGCUCUCCCAACAGUCUCCGCUCUGUCUUUAGGAGGAAAGGCAGAGCCAGUACCGCAAGCUUUGAGACGCGUACAUUCCCUUUCGUGUUCGAUUUGGGCCAAAACCACCCAGAGAAGAUGUUGCCGGGCACGUUCUGCUCCUCCGGUUCCACCUCGAUGCCUGUCGAGUUGUCCUAUCAGCUCAUGGCUACCUGGACGCCUUCGCUACUGACCUAUCAAUCUUCAAUAAUACAAAUCCCCAUCAUCCUUCAACCCGAUCCUGAGUUCCACUCAAUUGAUGGAAGUCCCGGAAAACAGGACUCCUGGCUCGAAAUACCGCUCAAGGCACAACGACCUGUACCCGUUCGGUGUGCUAUCACCCUCCCAAGCACACUCACAUUUUCGCGGACGUCUUCGAUCCCUUUCUUCGUGGUAUUCACAACUACUCCACGGUCCGCCUCUCUGGCACGUGAGAUCGCAACGGAUGCUACCAUUUCAAUAUCUGUAACGUCCCAGUUCUUCUGGCGGGAGGAGGAGCAGCCAUCGGCCCUUGACCCGACUGCCACAAUGCAUUCAUCAGAUUCGCGUUCGUCGCGAAUGAAAAGAAAAGUUGUCAAGCGCAUGCGAUCAGCAACAACCUUCUGGUCCAAUCGCUCCGUGGAUCUCGAUGGGGACGAAUCACUGGCCUCCUCCUCUAUGAGCGAAUCACCGCAGCUCAAGUCCUUGCCGUCACUCACGCCGCCUCCGCCUCCGCCAAAGCCGUCAAUAUACUCUGAUACUCAGCUCGUGCACAAGACCAUGGUCAUUGGCUUCCCCAAGCGCCCACGACACGGCAGCAAUGGGAAAGCCCACCCGUCUUUGGACGCGCAUCGUUCGCUACCAGACGGCUUGUUCAAAGACAAAAUCCCGCUCAAACCAGAUAUGCUCCCGAGCAUAAAUUGGGGCGGAAUCACCCUAAAAUACUUCUUUGAAGUCUCAGUGUCAAUGGGUACUGAUGAGCUCAAAGCACGAGUGCUCCUGCGCAUCACGUAG